UGGCGUCAGAGCAUCACGCUGACCUUGGGAAUAUUGAAAAAACGAUAUCUGGGUCAUGCAGGAUGUGAAUCAUUAAACUCUGAAGCUAGAAAAUUCAUGAAACAAGUGGUGGAAGAAGAACUCGCAAAAAUGCAGAAAAACGAUGACGGCGGAAGUGAGCCUGAAACCAAGAAACCGCAGAAAAAAAGGAAGAGAGAAAAAGAGGAGCUGGAAAGUGAAGAUGAAACCGAAUCCACAGCAAAGAAAACGUGUUCACAACAGUCAGGCUCAUCAUCAGAUUCAGAGGAUGAGCAGAACUGUAAAACAGGAAGUCAAAGCAAAGAACAAAACAGAUCUCAGUCUGAAAAUGAAGAGGCAGAAGAAGAAGAAUCCGACAAUGAAAAAAGCAAAAAACCUGAACGGUGUGUCACAGAUGAUGACCUUUCGGAUGAGAUGAACGGGUCAGAGGAGAGUAGGAAUGAGAGUCCAAGUCCUGAGGAAAGGAUGAAAAAGAAAACCAGCACUACUAAGAACAGAGAGAUAAGAAGUGGAGGGGAAAAAAAACCAAGGAGCGAUGAGGAGAGUGAAAGUGAUGCAGACAGCAAGUCAGGGAAAAGUGACAAAAUCAGUGAUGGUGUUUCUUCUGCCAGUGAAAAAGUAGAAGAAAAUGUGAAGAAGAGAAAGGACUCAGAUUCAUCAUCACUGUGUUCUCUGGAGGAAGAGAAGAAAGGCAGCGCAGAAAAAACUAAAGAUGCGAGGGGAAAAAAAGCAAAGAAGAAAGACGAGAAGAACCAAGGCCCAAAGGAUGAAGAUAAAGCAGUCGUGCGGCUCAAACGCUACAUCGCCCUCUGUGGCGUGAGGAGGAAUUACAAGAAGCUGCUGGACGGCUGCCGCUCCACUCGCUCCAAAGUGGCUGUUCUGAAGAAGGAGCUUGAAGAUCUUGGUGUCCAUGGUAACCCCUCCAUUGAGAAAUGUAAGAAAAUUCGAUUGAAGAGGGAGGAAGCUCAGGAACUGGCUGAACUUGAUGUUGACAACAUCAUCACCACUGAAGGUCGGCCUAAACGCAGAGGAACCUCGGCCAUGCAGGUACAUCUGGACCCUCCAUCCUCCUAUCAGUGCACUCUGAACUCUGAUUCUGACAGUGAUCAGGAAAAUGAUGCUCACAAAAAAUGCAGAAAGAUGUCAGAGUGGGCCAACCUGCAUGGGAUCAUCAGUGAUGAUGCAGACACUGACUAAACACGGACUGAACCACUAAUAUAAUGUUUAUUGUUGAGUUGUACAUGGUCAAUGCUUCUUUAUUACUAAAAAGAGUAUUUUGUAAUAACGUUUUUGUAAAAAAUUUAUAGCAAGUAUUUAAUUGGUCCAGCUAAAAUAAAAGUUAUAUAUAAUCUU